CGCCAUGAGCUUCUUCCGCUUCCGUCUCGACUGUCUUGAUCACUAUGAAUCCACGCCCACCGAGCUUGAUCCGCAGCUUCAUCGCAGCCUAGGCCAGACCUCCUAUACUGUGCCUGUAAUUAGGGUUUUUGGCGCAACGGAGACGGGGCAACGCGUCUGCGCUCAUAUCCAUGGCGCGUUGCCAUACCUGUACCUCGAGUAUGACGGCAGCCUGGAGCAGAAGGCGGUUGAUUCAUAUGUCCACAGCCUCCGCAUCUCCAUCGACCAUGCCCUUGCCGCCAGCUAUCGCCGGCAUGCGUACGACAAGAGAUCGUGCUUUGUCGGCCACAUUAGUCUUGUGAAGGGUGUCCCAUUCUUCGGCUACCAUGUCGGUUAUAGGUUUUUCCUAAAGAUUUAUAUGCUCAAUCCGUUACAUAUGACACGGCUGGCGGACUUGCUGCAUCAGGGCGCCAUUCUGGCUAAGGUCAUGCAACCUUAUGAGAGUCACCUGCAAUACCUCUUGCAGUGGAUGUGCGACUACAAUCUCUAUGGAUGCGCCUACAUUGACUGCGCAAAGGUCAGAUUCAGAAGCCCAGUGCCGGAGUAUCUUUGCCUGAGCAAUCCGGCGCACAAAUGGCACGACAAGUCCAUUAGGCCCGAGUGGUUGUCUGAAGAAGACCAGUUCCCGCGCCAAAGUCAUUGUGCAAUCGAAGUGGAUCUUUGCGUACAGGACAUCAUGAACAGAAACGAUGUCCGAAGCCGUCCUCUUCACCACGACUUUAUGGAGCGCUUCAACAGCUUUGCUCCAGAUGAAAAGCUUGUGCAUUCCAUGGCCAGCUUGUGGCGGGACGAGACAAUCAGACGGAAACGUAGGAUGGGCAUCAAAGAUCCCUCAAGCAGCCCAUUUCCUCCUGAGGUGCUUUUGCCAAUGUCGGCAGACUCGCGAAACCUGAAAGAGAGCGGCUGGAUUCAUGAAGAAGAGUACCGAAAAAUACUGGAGCAGCUUGUCAUGGAUGAAAGAGACAUGGGCGAUGGCAACAACGUGAGCUUCGAUCGUUUCCUCAAACCUGGCGCCGUAGGCAACAAUGUCAAGACCGCUCUUGAGAGUGUCGAAGAUCUGUUUCCUGAAAAGCUUGGAGAAUUCUACGCAACGCAAAGACCGCCCUCGCCCAAUUUAGCUUUUAACAAUGAUACGACAAGUCAACAUGCUAUAUCACAAGAUAAGGCCUGUUCAGAUGAAACCGCUUUCGGAGACCAGCCUCAAGUUCUGGAAGAGAAAAUCGAGGUUGAGCCCCAAAAUGGCAUGGGUUCUCCUUUGCAAUCAAAUGGCGAAUCUGGUAAAUUUCUCAACCACAUUGAUCAAAAACGCGGGGCGACUGUGGUCACCAACAAACCACGUAAAAGAGCAAAUUUCUCUGCCCAACCUUUGAGCCAGCCUUCCCAAAGUAGCAUCAAAGCCCACGGAAACCGUGGACCAAAUACACUAUCAUUCCCGGUUAUCAAAAACGCCCAUGAUUCUGAGACAGCCUCGCGUCUCGCCCACCGAAGUGGAUGGUCCAAUUCCCAGCAGACGGAAUCUGCACUAAAGUCUACUCCGUUUUGGCAUUCGAAGAAUAUGCUCCAUUCCUCGGUAAGAGACGAUCACCCGGAGUAUAGCGCUGCUUCGUGCGAGCCUCCUACACCGCCACAGAUUUUGCACAUGGCGGUGGAGCUUUCGCGUUCUUUCAAUGUUGAUUCAAAAACCGAUAUCUUGUAUUUCAGUCAGCUGCCACCCAGCGCUGAGAUGGUAGACCGAACGAUACUUGAAUAUGGGAAACCGCCAGUUAUUUACCAAGAAGCGUAUUACAGCGACGAAAAGGAUGUUCCUGAGCGACAUCGUGAAUAUGCUGGCCGGGAGUUCAGAUUAGGAAGUAAUACCACUCCCUAUCUUCCACCAUUUGAUCCAAUAGGCAACGCUUCCACCAAAUAUGGUGGAAAACGCAGAAAAGAGUGUUUGUUGCUUAACUGGGAGAUUGCAGUUGCGCCUCCGUCUUUCAAAGAGGUUUCGAAUUGGGUAAGGGGAAAAGAAGAAAGAGAAAAAGAAGGCAAAGAAAGCAAAAGCCCAGACGUUGAGGCGAUCAACGUUGACCUUGUGGCCAAACAACUUUCACAGGUCGACGGCCCUACUCAGAAAAACAAGCACGGAUUCAAGUAUUCCCAGAAACAAGCAUCUACCAACAUUCAGCACGAGACGCAGUACAUGAGCAUCCUAAGCCUCGAGGUUCAUGUAAACACAAGAGGAUCCCUUUUACCGGACCCAGCACAAGACGAGAUCUCCAGUAUCUUCUGGUGUUUUCAGGCUGACGAUCAAGAAAACGAGGGACCCCAAAUGGGCGUCCUGGUGCUUUCGAAUGACAGUGGCGUUGCACCACAGAUAGUACGACAAUUGUCCGUGGACGUACAAUAUGAAGAGGAUGAACUGAGCCUUAUAAACCUUCUGGUCGAUAUUGUCCGCAGGCUCGAUCCGGACAUCUUAAUUGGCUACGAAGUCCACAACAGCUCAUGGGGCUAUUUGAUCGAGCGUGCCCGAGUCAAGCUAGAGUAUGAUCUCUGUACUGAACUGUCGAGGAUGAGGUCUCAAGCCCAGGCUCACGAUCGCUACAGCAAGGAAGCUGAUAAGUGGGGGUUCACUCACACUUCUACUAUCCGAAUCACAGGCAGGCAUAUGCUUAACAUAUGGCGUGCUAUGCGUAGCGAGUUGCAAGACCUACUUCAGUAUACCGUGGAGAACGUCGCAUUUCAUCUACUCCAUAAGAGGAUACCUCAUUACUCGCACCAAGAUCUUACAAAAUGGUUCCAAAGCGAUCGGCCUCGUGACUUGGCCAAGGUCCUGAAUCAUUAUUUAUCCCGGGUUCAUAUAAACCUUGAGUUAUUGGAGGCUAAUGAUCUCAUCUCACGGAAUAGUGAGCAAGCCCGUUUGCUGGGCAUUGACUUCUUUUCUGUCUUCUCCCGAGGUUCUCAGUUCCGGGUCGAAUCGCUAAUGUUCCGAAUAGCCAAGCCAGAGAGUUUCGUUCUCGUCUCACCAAGCCGCAAGCAGGUCGGGCAGCAAAAUGCUCUUGAAUGUCUGCCUCUUGUUAUGGAACCACAAAGCGCUUUCUACAAUAGCCCCUUGCUGGUAUUAGAUUUCCAGUCGUUGUACCCUUCAGUGAUGAUAGCGUACAACUACUGCUAUUCAACAUGUCUCGGACGCGUCGUGGGCUGGCGCGGCCAGAACAAAAUGGGCUUCACAGACUUCAAGCGCGAGCCUCGGUUGUUGGAGCUUGUGAAAGACCAUAUCAACAUAUCACCAAACGGUAUCAUGUAUGUCAAGCCAGAGAUGCGCAAAUCACUUCUUGCGAAAAUGCUCAGCGAGAUACUCGAGACUCGAUUUAUGGUUAAGAACGGGAUGAAGGCCGACAAAGACGACAAAGCAUUCCAACAGCUGCAAAACAACAGACAGUUAGCACUGAAACUGAUUGCCAACGUUACCUAUGGUUAUACGUCGGCUUCAUUUUCAGGCCGGAUGCCGUGCUCAGAGAUCGCCGACAGUAUUGUGCAGUCUGGACGGGAGACUCUCGAAAAAGCCAUCGCCCUGAUACAUUCCGUCGAAAGAUGGGGCGCCGAAGUUGUGUACGGCGACACAGACUCACUCUUCGUCUACCUCAAGGGUAGGACUAAGGACGAGGCUUUUGAUAUCGGCGAAGAGAUCGCCAAUGCAGUAACGGACAUGAACCCUCGCCCGAUUAAGCUAAAAUUUGAGAAAGUAUAUCACCCCUGCGUUCUUUUAGCCAAGAAACGCUACGCUGGCUUUAAGUAUGAAUCUCGGCAUCAAAAGGAGCCUGAGUUUGAUGCCAAAGGGAUCGAGACCGUACGGCGAGACGGCACGCCAGCGGGGCAAAAAGUCGUCGAGAAGGCACUGAAGAUUUUGUUCCGUAGUGCCGAUCUCAGUGUGGUGAAGCGCUACUUUCAAGACCAAUGCACCAAGAUAAUGACGGGCAAGAUCAGUAUACAAGACUUUCUUUUCGCGAAAGAAGUCAAACUUGGCACCUACGCUGACAAGGGUUCCGGUCCUCCUGGUGCCAUCAUCGCAUCUCGACGCAUGUUGCAGGAUCCUCGGGCUGAGCCACAAUAUGGCGAGCGUGUCCCCUAUAUCGUCAUCACCGGCCCUCCUGGAGCCAGACUUGUGGACCGUUGUGUCAGCCCUGAAACGUUGCUUUUGGAUGAGCAAGUCGAAUUGGACGCUGAAUAUUACAUCUCUAAGAAUCUGAUUCCUCCACUUGAACGCAUCUUCAAUCUAGUUGGCGCAAAUGUCCGCAAUUGGUACGACGAAAUGCCAAAGGUGCAGCGUGUUCGUAACAUCAGCGCUCCUUCCGUUCGCGGCUUACAGCAAGGAGCGGGCACGGACGGGGGAAAUGUUUUAGUAGCCGGUCAGACAUCACGAAGGAUUCUGGAGAACUAUAUGCAAAGCUCUGCUUGUGUGGUCUGUCGAUCCAAGCUGGCUGCGCCUCCGCCGCACUCUAUAGCUCUUCCAGAUCCACCACUUCCGCUGUGUGAGCCUUGUGCCACAAACCCGGCACGGGCACUCCUAGCUUUGAGGCAAAGGCAGCAACGCGCAGAAGCACGGAUACAGGGGGUAGAGAUGGUUUGCCGCAAUUGUUCGGGUCUGGCUUUUGGAGAAGAGGUACGCUGUGAUAGCCGUGAUUGUCCGGUGUUUUACACAAGAGUUAGACAAAGAGUGACUGUCCGUGGAUUAAGAUUGGGUUUGCAAGGUGUAUUUCAGGCGCUCGAAAGCACAGAAAGUAUGUUAGACUGGUAG